CCCGAAUAAUGCCCAUUGAAUUGUUUCUAUGUUAUGUACGUCAACGACUUCAGACUUUGUUUUGAAUCAUCAAAUUGAUUUUCUUGAAGUUGAACUUGAAGCCAUAAGAUUAAGAGUCAUAUGACUAUGAUUGAAUUCUACUCUAUUCAACAGAAAUGUAUAAACGUAAGUCAGAGUCUCUUCAAGCAGAUAAUAUUUAAGUAGAUUUGGUGAAUGUCGUGCUGGUUUUAUAAAUUAUUAGAUAUACUCUCAGCAAGUUUUUAAUAGUAUUAGUAAAGUGAACAAUAAGCAACAAAUCAUGGAGCAUGUUGAAAACAUGUUGUUAAAUUUAAACACGACGACGAUUGCUCCUUCAAUGACUACAAUGUUAACUAAUUCAACCACAGCAGCACCUUCUACAACAGAGUAUCCCGAGUACAUGGGAUUUAUAUGUGCAGUAGUAGCUGUUGUAUUUUAUGGUAGUAAUUUUGUUCCUGUGAAAAAAUAUGAAACUGGAGAUGGAAUGUUUUUCCAGUGGGUAUUGUGUACUGCUAUAUUUAUAUGUGGUCUGAUUUUUCAAAUAAUUAGAACUGCCAAAUUUUAUCCUAUAGUAACAUUAGGUGGAGUACUUUGGGCUACGGGUAAUGUAUGUGUAGUUCCAAUAAUUAAAACAAUUGGUCUAGGAUUAGGAAUGUGUAUAUGGGGUAUGUCUAAUUUAGUAGCAGGAUGGGCCACUGGAACGUUUGGACUUUUUGGUACUGAAAAAGCAAAGUUAGCAAACGAAACAAUGAAUUAUGCUGGGGUGGCUUUAGCAGCUUUUAGUACAAUAUUGUAUGUUCUUGUUAAAAGUGAAGUUAGUAGUGGUUCAUCUGCAGUUCCCUCUAAAUCAAAUGAUGCCGAAACUGAACGUUUGUUGGAUACAAGUCAGGUUCAAGAUGAAUUCCGUAAUGCUGGUUCUCUGUAUGCCUCUUCAUCAAAUGAAGUUUUAGUCUUUAACAAAAAGAAGCUAGACAACGAUGAAACAUUUAUUGACAAAAUGUCACCAGGUUCAAAGAAAAUAACGGGUAUUGUAUUAUCAUUAGUAUCAGGGCUAUUAUAUGGUGUCAUCUUUACUCCAUCUCUUCAUGUACAAUAUACAGAUAAAAGUAGUGGAAGUAGUCAGGAUUCCUUAGAUUAUGUAUUUAAUACUUUUUGUGGUAUAUAUUUGGCUAGUACAGUGUAUUUUGUUAUAUAUUGUGCUCUGAUGAAGAAUAAACCACGAGUAUAUCCAGAAGUGAUUUUACCUGGUAUUGUUUCUGGCAUCAUGUGGGCAAUAGCAACCAUGUGUUGGUUUGUAGCCAACGAAGCCUUAAAAUCAGAAGCUGUCACAUUUCCAAUUAUUACCACUUGUCCAGCUCUGAUGGCUACUCUAGUAUGGGGUGUAUUGGUAUUCAAGGAAAUUAAGGGAAAACGAAAUUUUCUGAUUUUGAUUUGUGCUGGUUCAGUAUCUGUAACAGGAGCAGUUUUAGCUGGAUUGUCUGCUGGAUAAAAUGUUCGAUGAAAGGGGUUCUGACAAGUGAGAGCUGAUGAUCAGAUUAAUCACUAAACAUAUCCUGGUACAUAAUAAACCACAACUAAAGAGAGUUUAAUCUAAUUGAAAUCAAAUGUCAAUUAUGUUUCGUUUGAUUUCUAAUUUUCGAUGCUAUAUUAACCUAUUUUCUUAAACCAGUAUCUAGAUCACAUGACCUUAUUGAUUAAUCAGAUUGCCUGUAUUGGUUUUCAGGCCUGUAUUUUGUAAUAAAACUAUGGAAAAUUAUUAAAUUCCAAAUAUAUAAGAAUGUAUACUAUCUGAUAAAUAUUUAUUUAGUAGAACAUGGCUAUACAAGAAAAGAUGUUUGAUUACAGUUUACGGAAACAAAAAAUUAAAUGAAACGAAAUUGUAAUAUGAUUUUUAUUUAGAUUUUAGAAUGUUUUCAUUCUUCUGAAAAAGUGAAUGUCAAAUGUUACAUAGAAAAUUAUCAAGUUUUAAAGAAUUGCAAUUGGUAUCAAAUUUAAAUUAAAAGAUAAAACAUUCUGAAAAGUUGAUCCAUGACACAAAACAAAAUCUCCUGGACAACCUUAAAUAUCUGUGCAAUAUCAUUAAGAAUUGUCAAUUCAUAUUCAAAUACUCAAUUUUGGAAUACUGGUAUUCAGUGUUGCCUCAAGGUUGUUCCUAAUAACUUAUUUUUUUCUAGAACACCUGAUACCACUUCAGUCAUCAUUUGCUUGAUAAAGAUUAGGGAAACUUCGCUCUGUAAUUGUGUUCCAUAGUAUUGUGUCCUGUGUAUUAACCUACAACUUGAUUAGUUCCCAAUUUGUUAUUGUACUUUUAUAUACUUUGAUAUAUAGUUCAGGUUUGUGGAUUUGUUCAAAGAUAUAUUUCGGCAAUCACAAACCUAAAUCCAUAACGAUCAGUUUGAAAAUGUAUUGGAUAUGUUUUAAAAAAAGACAUAAAUAUCAAGGGAAUUACUCAUUUUUAUUCUGAAUUGUUAUAUUGUGUAUAUUGUUUUCGUGUUCACCAAUAUUCAUUUCCUCUUUUAACACAUUCCAAAUUUUAUAAUAUAUUUUGUUUUAUUCAUAUUGACACUUUUUCAUUGCUGUGUUCAAAAAAGAUAACAUCCACAUAGACGGUAAUUAUGGGUCAAUGCCUGGAUAAUUCAGGUAGUUUUACCAGUGUCUCAUUCUUGAUAAAGAGACUAAAGUGUUUUCAAGUUAGAUGUGAAAGAAAAAUGUUUUCAGGAAUAAUUUACGCUAUUAUGUAUUUUAACUUUUUGACUGGUAUAUGUUGAUUAUUUGUAGCAAAACUGUGAUAUUAAUCUGAAUAAAAUUACUCUUUUGACUUGAAACAAAA